AUGCGGACCCCCGAGACGGCUGCCGGAGGAGUUUGGGGGGAACGUUGUGGGAUGCAGCCGGGGCAGCGGAUUUGGACGGACGGCUUCGUACGCGUCACGCCAAAUUUAGCGCAGCCACUGGUGCAAGCCAUCGCCAUGCAGGGCCCGGUCGUUGUGUCCGCAGAUGCGACGAACUGGGAGACGUAUGGCUCCGGCAUCUUCGACAGCUGCGGCAAGGAUGCCAGGGUGAAUCAUGCAGUCCUGGCAGUCGGCUACGGCCAGUCCGCCAGCGGGAAGUACUUUCUUAUCCGGAACAGUUGGGGUGGAAUGUGGGGCGAGCAGGGGCACAUUCGCUUGCUCCGCUUUGACGAUGAGCCCGGGCCCUCUCCCGCUUUCUGUGGCACCGACUAUCAUCCGGAAGAAGGAGUUGCAUGUCAAGGUGAGACUCGACCAGUGAAAGUCUGCGGGAUGUGCGGUAUCCUGUUGGAUUCUGCCUAUCCAGUCGGCGUUCGUGUGGAGAGCUCGAACGGCGAGAGACCGAGUGCACAGCAGAUGUAA